AUGCCGAUCAUAGGCGAGAAUGAGUCGUUCUAUGUCCCCGCUGGCACGGAUUACAGUGUACUCGAGCGUAUCGCCAGUGUCCUCCUGCGCCAUCUCCGCCGCACCAUAACCGCUACCAGUCCGGGUGCGGUCGAUAUCAACCGGUUCGGCUCCUGGCACAUCGACGCGACAGACAGCAUGCCCUGGCACAUUGACUUCAUAGACGACAUGCGCGGGCCAUUGUCCUUCACCCACAAUCACGCCUCCGAUGGAGAGGAGACUGCGUGGGAUGACAUCCUCGGGCCUUUGUGGGAUGGCCUCGACUGA